UGGUUACUUGUUAGGUUAAGCUCACACCAGCCAGCCGCGCCACUUAACUAAAAGCCCCUCCUCCUCCUCCUCCUUCACAUUUCAGUUACCGUCUCCGUCAAUUAACAGAAACUCAACUUCUUCGAAUCUCAUGGCGGAAGCUGGACUGAUUCAGAAACUUAUCGAUACACUUACCGAUAUAUCUGCAAUCUCCGACUACCGGUGCACGGUGAAGAAGCUCUUCUCGAAUCUAGCUCGACGGUUGAAGCUGUUAACGCCGUUGUUUGAAGAGAUUCGUGAUGUUAAGCAGCCGAUUCCUGAUGAUUCUCAUCAAGCUUUGCUUUCGUUAAUGGAGGAUUUGGAGUCUGCUAAGGAAUUGCUUCGAGUUGGAAGUGAAGGCAGCAAGAUAUAUUUGGUCUUAGAAAGAGAUGAAGUCAUGAAAAAGUAUGAAGCACUUACAGCUCGUUUGGAACAGGAUUUAAACAGUAUUUCAAUCGAUGAAUUUGACAUAUCAGAUGAAGUUAAAGAACAGGUUGCGCUUGUUCUUGCUCAAUUCAGAAGAGCCAAAGGAAGAACCGAUCCGCCUGAUGUUGAAUUGUAUGAAGACCUUUCAUCCCUUUAUCACAACCAUGUUGAUGCGGUAGAGGAUCCAGCUGUCUUGAAGAGACUGGUUGAAAAGCUACACCUAACUGAAAUAACUGACCUUACACAUGAGUCAAUAGCAUUGCAUGAAAUGGUUACCGCCAGCGGUGGAGAUCCAGACGAGAGUAUAGAAAAGAUGUCCACGGUACUAAAGCAGAUUAAAGAUUUCGUACAGACAUCGAGUCCGUUUGCAGGCUCACCACCAGGCGAGACUUCUGCUCUUCCAAGCUGUACGGGUCAAGGAAUGUUGGUCCAAAAUCCAAAAAACGGUGCCAUACCCGAUGAUUUUCGUUGUCCUAUAUCACUUGAGUUAAUGAAAGAUCCUGUUAUUGUGUCAACAGGGCAGACGUACGAGCGUUCAUGCAUUGAAAAAUGGUUGGAAGCAGGGCACCGCACAUGUCCUAAAACACAACAAAACCUGACCAGCACCGCACUCAUACCCAACUACGUAUUACGCAGCCUCAUAGCCCAAUGGUGUGAGACAAAUGGAAUGGAGCCGCCAAAACGAGCCACUCGGUCUGCUUCCGCCUGUACUCCCGCAGAACGUUCCAUGAUACAAAAUCUCCUUCGUAAGCUUAAUUCCGCCAGUCCCGAUGACCAACGAACUGCCGCCGGCGAAAUCCGCCUCCUUGCAAAAAGAAACGCUGAUAACCGCGUUGCUGUAGCCGAGGCCGGGGCCAUCCCGCUUCUUACAAACCUCUUAACCGCACCUGAUUCCCGCACACAAGAACACGUGGUAACCGCGCUUUUAAACCUCUCUAUAUGUGAGGAUAACAAAGGGAGUAUAGUGUCCUCAGGGGCAGUCCCGGGAAUAGUUCAAGUCCUGAAAAAGGGUAGUAUGGAAGCUCGGGAGAACGCGGCUGCUACCCUUUUCAGCCUCUCGGUGAUCGAUGAAAACAAGGUAACAAUCGGUUCGUUAGGAGCAAUCCCACCUCUUGUAUUGCUACUAAGUGAAGGUACUCAAAGAGGGAAGAAGGAUGCGGCAACCGCGUUAUUUAAUCUAUGCAUAUAUCAGGGUAAUAAAGGACGCGCGAUUAGAGCUGGUGUAGUCCCGACAUUGAUGGAGCUUUUAACAGAGCCACAAAGUGGUAUGAAGGACGAAGCGUUAGCCAUUUUGGCUAUACUCUCAAGCCACCCGGAAGGGAAGAUGGCUAUAGGUAAAUCUGAGGCGGUAUCGGUUCUGGUGGAGUUUAUGGGGAGCGGGUCCCCGAGGAAUAAAGAGAAUGCAGCAGCGGUUAUGGUGCAUCUUUGUUCCGGAGAUGAAAAGUAUCUGGUGGAGGCUCAAGAACUCGGGGUUAUGGCGGUACUGGUGGAUUUGCUUCAUCAUGGUACUGAUAGAGGGAAGAGAAAAGCCGGACAGUUGAUGGAAAGGAUGACCAGAUUGGGGGAGCAACAGAAUGUGCUGGCUCGGAUUCAGGAACCUGAACUGAUACCUACAGAAGGUCAGACGGGUUUACGAUCUAAUAAUUGAUUGGUGUUUUAUUUCUUCUUUUGAAAUUGGCUCACUUGUUUUCUGGGGUUGAACCUCAAUCCCUCUGUUCAGUUUAUAGUUUCAAUUUAUUUGAAUAUAUUGUUUGAUGAUGAGUAAAAACAAAUGACUGGGAAAGUGAUAAAAAUGCAUAAGAGAGUGAGAGGAGAUGAAAGGUAGGAUUUGUGGGUGUGUGUAAAUGUAACAUUCUCGCGUUGAAGUUUAAACGAAUGUAUUCCAAACGGUGUGGCACGUCAA